GCCUGCCAAACGUAAACAUUCAGCCACGUGACUUGCAAACUCUCGCGAUAGUUUUACACAAGACGGAUCCCUUCUAGCCAUAACCCGCGAAACCACCAGCUAGCACUUAGCCUUUUACUGUUUGGGACCUUACGAGUCUUGCAGUCCCUACAAACAUUACGUUAACCCGCCACAUUAAAACGGGAAGAGAUCCUUUAUCUCCAGGAUGUGCUCCGUCCUGGGAUGUGAUUCAUGGCGUCGUGGUGCCAGACGGUUUAAGAUACCGGAGGAUCCGGAGAGGAGGCUGCAGUGGGUUCAGUUCAUCCUGGAAGCCAAUGAACAGCGACUUAAGGAAUCGUGCUGGACUAAAAUCACCAUUUGCAAUGAACACUUUACUGGAGACUGUUUUGAACCCCUGCCUGGCACGGCCCAGCUCAGGUCCAGUGCUGUCCCAUCAGUGUGUGUCAAGUCAGAACCACAGGAACCUAUGGAGAGCCCACAAUAUGUGAAGCCUGAAGAACUAAGUACAUGUGAUCGUCCAUCUUACUAUCCUGAAGACUCAGAACUAACUUCAAGGGAUGACCAAGAAAGCCCAGCACCAAGUUAUGCUUCAGAGACAUCUGAUUAUGGGCAAAUGCUACACAACGUUGUGAACAUUGAUAUGAUUAGGAAAAAAGCUGCACUUCUGCAGAUGAAAGGGAGGUACGUUGUGAAUGAAAAAUGUCUCCUCCAGUUGUUCAGCCAAAAGUGCCCGUCAUGUGGCUCUAAAGUAAAGACAGAGAAGGUCAUCUAUGGGGUGCUCAUCGUUGUGAACCAAGAGUGCCUUCAGUGUGAGUACAGGAACCAGUGGAAAAGCCAAGUCAAUGCCAGUGGCGACACAACUUCAGAGACCCAACAGAGCACUGAGGAGAGUGAUCCCAUGGAGGAAUCAGAGGAGUCAGAUGAUGAAAGUAACUCAGACCAGGACUGGGUUCCAGAGGAGGAACUUUUACUGCUGAACGAGCUUCAUGGAGAAUCUGAAGCGGAAACCGAAUCUGAAGAGGAAGUCGACGGGGUUUGUCCUCCACUUGCCCUCACACACAGUCAGCUCUGCACCGAGUGUGGCACGUUUUUUAAUAAACAGAAGUCUCACACAUGUAAACACAAAACAAGACCCUAUGCUUGCAAUACUUGUGGUAGGAGAUGUGUUAGUGAGGUCGCACUAAACGCUCACAACAGAAUCCACGAUGAAAACUAUGAACAUCCAUGCAAAUACUGCAAUGUUACAUUCAAAACAAAAGUGGACAAAAUCACUCACGAGCAGAUCCACAUAACUGAACGAAAACCCUACAAAUGUACUGACUGUUCAGAGACAUUUACCACAAAUAACGCACGCAGAUCCCACCUGAGAGUUCACCGCGUCUUAAAAUGUCACAUCUGCAAUCUUGACUUUGCCGAGUCCAAUGCUCUUCAGAGACACAUAGCUGUGCACACAGGAGUGAAGCGCCAUAAGUGUUCAGUGUGCCAACGUGACUUCAGCCAGGCAAGCCACCUGCAAUCCCAUAUGCGUGUUCACACAGGGGAGAGGCCUUUUAAAUGCCAGCAUUGUGAGCAAAGUUUUAAUCACAAUGUGAGCCUGAAGAGUCAUGUCCAGCGUUACCACUCAUCGGGCUCAGGACCUAAACCGAAGAAGGGUAAAAUAAUAAAAACUGUAAGCAACCCUGGUGAUGGUCAGGAGUAUGGAAACAAGAGAGACACAGUCUCUGGGUUAGACAACAAUAUGAAAGAACAUGAUGAUGAAGAAGAGGAGGUGCAGAAGAAGAGAACAGUUAAGCCAAAACGUAAAAAGAAGAGCACAGGUAGACCCGUAGGAAGGCCAAAGAGAAAUGAAGAAGGGACUAAUGCAAGGCCAGCGAAGAGAAGGCGCUGCAGUGAAAAAGAAAGUGAAGAUGAGCCAACAGAAAGCAAUGCGUCCUUUGACUCAACAAAGACUGAUUGGUCUAACGCCAGCAUGUGCUCCGUCCUAGGAUGUUGUUCUUUGAGUCGCCAUGCGCAACGCUUCAAGUUACCUGAGGAUCCGGACAGGAGGCUGGAGUGGGUUCAGUUUCUUUUUGAAGAAAACAAGCAACAACUUAAAGAAUCGUGCUGGACUGACAUCACCAUAUGUAAUGAACACUUUACUGAUGACUGUUUUGAGCACCCGAGUACGGCGGCAGACACGGUCCAGCUGAAGCCCAGUGCCGUCCCCUCAGUGACGGUCAAGGCAGAACCAGAAGAGCUGCUGGAGAGCCCACACUAUGUGAAGCCUGUGGAUAACCAAGGUGCUGCUCCUCAGUGUGGUGACCUUAAGGAUUCAACUUUAAAUCCACCUGACGCUUUGAAUGCCGUCUCUUCUGGAUACCCCCAGAUACAACUCAAAGUUAAGAAUGUGGAUCUGAACAAUCAGGAAGCUGCUCCUCUGCAGGUAAAAGCAAAGCAUGUUGUGAAUGAACGCUGCCUCUUCCAGUUGUUCCGCCGUAAGUGCCCGUCAUGUGGAUGCAAACUUCAGAUGGAGAAGGUCACCUAUGGCGAGCUCAUCAUCUUGAACCGACAGUGUGUUCAGUGUGACUAUAGACACCAGUGGAAAAGCCAAGUCGAUGCCAGCGUGCCCACAGCUGAAGAUCAACCCCUAACAGAAGAUAUAGACGUAACGCCAGAGACCCAUCAGAAAACCUCUACUGAUGGCAACCCCAGCAGCACAGUUCUCUCUGAGAUUGUUACGUUCAGUGAUGAAGAAAGUGAUCCGUCGGAUGAAGGAGAGCAAGGGGUUGAAGGUGGGGUGAGUUCAGAUUUGGAAUGGGAACCAACUGAGGAUUUCACUGAAACGCUCACAAAGGAUUCUGAAGACGAAAGCGGAGAGGAACAAGAUUUGUAUAAUAAAGGGCUCUGCACGGAGUGUGGACGUUUUUUCCUGAAGUCUCACACAUGUGAGCACAAAGUAAAGCCCUAUUCCUGCAAUAUAUGUGGCAAAAGAUGUGUUAAUGAGCUGUCUCUGAAAUCUCACAGCAGAAUCCACGAUGAAACAUAUGACCAUCUGUGUAAAUACUGCCACGUUGCCUUCAAAACAAAGCUGGACAAACUAAAACAUCAGCAGACCCAUGAAGAUAGCACAGAUCCCUAUAAAUGUCCUCACUGUCCAGAGACAUUUUCCACCUAUAAAAGACGCUUGUACCACUUGGCAAAACACAGAAUAUCAAAGAAGCCCAAAUGUGAAGUUUGUGGGAAUGAAUAUAGGAGUGCACGUCAUCUUCGGAGACACUCUAUUGUGCACACAGGAUUGAAACCGCAUAAAUGUUCAGAGUGCGAACGCAGCUUCAACCAGGCGGGACACCUGAAGUCCCACAUGCGUCUGCACACAGGAGAGAGGCCUUUUAAGUGUCUGCAAUGUGACAAAAGCUUCAAUCACAACGUGAGCUUGAAGAGCCAUUUGCAGAGUUACCACUUAUCAAGCUCUGGCCUGGACGGAAGAAUUGUAAGUUAAAAAAACAGUCAGCCCCACUGGUGAUGCUGACGACAGUAGACAUGAGAGAGGCACAGACUCUAGGUUUGACAAUGUGGAAAGAGAAGAAGAUACAGAAGAAGAGAAAUUAAGACUGUGCAAAAAAGAAGGAGAAAUACAGGAAGACCUAAAGGAAGGUCUGAGAGAAAUUCUGCAGGCAAACGUUGAAACUCUAAGACUGUAACAUCUAAACAGGUUCCAGCGAUGAGAAAAGUGAAGACAAGCAAUCAGACAGUGACUUAUCCUUUGAAUUGGCAGAGCGCGAAGAAGAGGAUGAGUAAGACCUUCAGGAAGAGCAUCAACGAAAAUGAGACACAGCAGCCAGAGCAGCGGUAAAAGCACGGGGAAA